AUGGAAAGUGCUCACCAGCAAAGGAACCACUCAGCCCGCAUACUCUUACUCACCUUCGCUUGUCACAUCCUCUUUUCCCACCCUACCCUUCCCUUCCAAGGUGUCAAGGUGAGUGCAUCGCUGCGCACAACAACGUAUGGAGUGCUCACCAGCAAGGGAACCACGUGCCUGACCACACUCUCCCCUGCCCUUCCAAUGUUGGGUGGCGCCGUGGUGACGGCAUCGGGCGAACAGCAUUGUGUGGAGUGCACGCCAGCAAAGGAACCACCCUGUCACCACACUCUUACGCACAUUCGCAGGUCACAUCCUCGCGGGCCUCCCUCUCCUUCCCUCCCAUGGUUGGGUGGUGAGUGCAUCGCUGCUCUCAGUAGCGUGUGGAGUGCUCACUAG